AUGGGCAACAGCGCACUUUUCCAUGGCGAGUGCCAAUCCGAGACGUCGUCGACGUGCUCCACGGAGAGCGCCAUGUCGGCCCACAAUUUCGUGGUGCGCGAUUUCCCGUUGCUCGACGGCAUCGGCGGCGGCAAGUUUGUCAGCUCCAGCACCUUCAACGUCGGCGGCUACGGCUGGAGGAUCCGGUUCUACCCCGACGGGACGCAGAAGGACAAAUCUAGCGACGCGGCCUCCUGUUUUCUGCAUUGCACCAACCUAGCCAAGGACGUGAGGGCACGGUCCAAGUUAAACGUGUUGGAGAAAUUAGACGGCGAGGUACAGGUAACAACCUUCGGCUGCCUAGAGUAUACAUUUUCUCCAACACAAGAUUGUUGGGGGAAACAUGAAUUCGUCACCAAAUCGAAACUUAAAACUUUGUCUGACGCCAACAAUGGCCGCUUCACGGUAAGAUGCGUUCUGAUGGUCAUACAAGAAUCUCGAACGGUGCGCAACAGGAGACCCAUCGAGAUCGAGGUGCCGCCGCCGACCCUGCAACAGAGCCUAGAGCACAUGUUGAAGGAUGGAGAAGGUGCGGAUGUGACGUUCAGUGUGGGCGGCCAACUGUUCAAGGCCCAUCGAUGUGUGUUGGCCGCACGCUCUCCGGUCUUCAAGGCGGAGCUAUUUGGUCUAUUGAAGGAAAACACGGCGCGGAACGUCGAGGUCGACGAGAUGGAGCCCCAAAUAUUUGAGGCGCUUCUUCGCUUCAUGUACACAGAUGCUAUGCCAGAUGACGAGGACGAAGGCAAAACUGAAAGGGUACAACACUUGCUUGUUGCGGCGGACAGGUAUGGGGUAGAUAGGUUGAAGAUCAUGUGUGAAGACAAGCUGUAUGAGGGCAUUGAUGUCGAUACAGUUGCCACCACAUUGCUUCUGGCAGAGCAGCAUCACUGCGAGGAUCUUAAGGAAACUUGCAUUCAGUUUAUGAGUUCACCACGGAACAUACUAGGUGAUGUCAUGGCAACCAAUGGAUUCAAGCAACUCGUAGCUAGUUGUCCUUUGCUCAUGGAGGAUAUACUCAAGGGAGUGUCCUGCACCUAG